GAGUCAGUAGUCAACGACUUACGUGACGAUACAUAGUGGUAGAACGUGAAACACCGUUCGCAAGCUAUACGAUAAUAAGUCACGCGAAUAGAACGAAUAAAAUAGAGAAAAAAAGAUCGUCAGCAUUCAUGUUCAACAAACCGGUGUUAUACAGUAUAAUAUAUUGAUAAAACUUCCUCAAGAAUAUCAAUUAAUUUUAUAUUCAUUGUGUUGUGACGUGGAAAAUCUCAGAUAUAAGAAAAAUUGUUUUUGGAGCCACAUGGACUUCACCAAAAAUUCAGGAAGACUUUAGACGUUUUUCCUGUGUGAAUUAAAACUUGCAAAGACGUAAGAUUUGUGUAUUAAUAUCGUCAGACACGAAACUUUUGGCAAUCGUGUCAACCUUGGAUUUACUUCCUUGGCAAUUCUUUGAGUCACUAGCGUAAUUUGAAGACCCUCAUCACACGUAAGAAACCGAUGCUGUCAAAAUCGGCCACUCCAAUAGUUAAUAAAAAUAUUGUUUAUCUGCUUUUUGUGUCAAAUGUUUUUCUAGUGUUUAAGUGAUCGUAGUGAGGGUGCGCGUUAACGAUUAAUGUUAGCCAACGAUUUUGGUUAUGUGUUACAUCUCAAGCCAUUGAAAGAUACUCUAUUUGUUCUUCAUAUCUAUAAGUCUUUGAUAAAAUAGGUUUGAAUAGGUAGCAGAGAGUUGGAAACAGUUGGAGUAAAAAUUGAAAAGACGUGAGAGAAAUAAUUUUGGCAAAAAUGCCGACGGUACUUCUUGCUCGUCUACCAGUACCUAGUUUUCGUGUUUAUACAGCCAUUAGUAUUGCUAUUCUUUCAUGCUCGGUGUAUUAUGCAGCACAAAUAGUUAAAGAUCCAUCAUGGCGUACAAAUCACACGGCUAGUGUUAUUGGAGAUAAAAAUACUACUGAAAAUGGACAUGGAAAUGAUCCGAGGACAACGGGUAUGCACUUGAAGGAACUGUUGGCUUGUAUUAUUCAGGAGCCAGUUUGCUUUUGGCCUCUAAUGAACAUGGCAUACUGUGCUCUCAUUUUACUUGGCAAAACCAUUCAGAAGCUAGUUUUUGGCGAACUUCGUGCAUCUGAGAGACAACAUCUUAAGGAUAAAUUUGGAAAUUUUAUCUUUUAUAAAUUCAUAUUUGUUUUUGGUGUUCUCAACGUACAGUAUGCGGAUGAAGUGGUAUUGUGGUGGGCAUGGUUUACCGCUCUCGGUUUUCUAGGCCUUCUGAGUCAACUUAGCAAAGAUCGAUUUGUUUACCUGUCUUUUUCACCGACAACACCAGGAUGGAGUCACGCAAGACUUUUAGGACUACUUGCUGCGAUCCUUGCACUGUCCUUAUUUAUGCUACUCCUUUCAAUAGCAGCAGCCUUCUUUUUCGUGUCCUUCAAUACUUUUGCAUUUAUGGCAGCUGAGUGUAUACUUCUGGCCGUCCGAACGAUCCAUGUGAUACUGCGUUACGCGAUUCAUCUAUACGAUACAAGAUCAUCGCCCCGUUCGUCCGAUAAACGAGGUCCAUUGGCCUAUUAUACAGAAGUAAUAUGUGAACUAACGGUUCUGGUUGUUGAUUUCCUACAUCACGUUCACAUGUUGAUAUGGAGCAACAUUUUGUUGAGCAUGGCGUCUUUAGUAAUUUGUAUGCAGCUACGUUAUCUUUUCCAUGAGAUUCAACGUAGGAUCACUAAACAUCGCAAUUACUUAGCUGUUUUAAAUCAUAUGGAACAGAGUUAUCCUAUGGCUUCGCCAGAAGAAAUAGCUGAGAAUUCCGACAACUGUGCUAUUUGUUGGGAAAAAAUGGAGUCUGCCAGAAAAUUGCCUUGCAGUCAUCUUUUCCAUAACUCAUGUUUACAAUCUUGGCUAGAACAAGACACUUCUUGCCCGACUUGUAGACUCGUUCUCAGUAUGCAAGCUAGUCACAGAGAUAAUACUCCUGAACUACGACCAGAAUCACCCGAGUCACAGACGUCUGUUGGAAGGAAUGAUAAUCACUUCUUUCACUUUGAUGGUUCACGAUACGUGUCUUGGUUACCGAGUUUCUCGGUUGAAGUGACACAUAAUCGUCUAAGAGGUGAUAUUCUUACCUUGGCCCACAGUAAUUCUCAAUUAGAUGCUAUGGCAAGACAAGUGCAACAAUUAUUCCCUCAUUAUCCCAGGAAUAUAGUAAUAGAAGACUUGAGAAUUACUAGAUCUGUAGAGUUAACUGUAGAAAACAUACUUGAUGGCAGAUUAACACUACCUCAUCAUGUAAUGAACGAACUUGAAGCAGAACCUGCCACUCAAAACCAAUCAGUAUCGACUCAUAUUUUACCUAGUCAAUUGACUCCAAAAACGUGGGAUCCUCAAUUUGAUUUACCCAUUGUGGACAGUCAAAUUGAAGAACCUUCAACACUGGGUGGCCGGUUUUCUAAAUGUUCAACCGAACGAGAAAGGAUUUUACAACGUCGGAAGGAGCACAUGCUAUUGACAGCGCGACGAAAAUAUAUUGAAAGACAUAGAAAAUCUGAAGUUGAAACUUCAUCACAUGAAAGCUCAAAAAGCAGUGUUGAGUCCACAUCUUAAAGUCAUUUUUAAUUAUGAUUGGCAAUUUGUUAAGAUUUCGAUUUUUAAGUGGUAGUUUAUUUGCAAAUAUGAUAACAAAAAGUCGUGAUAAGAAAUAAAGAUAUUGGAUUUUGUGUAUUUAUUAUUCAAGAUAGAAAAAUCAAUCAGAUAAGAUAGUACGUCAGUGCAGUAAGUUCAUUCAUCUACAAUUAACAUAGAUUCAAGAUAAGAAAAUUGGUGCUGAAAUACAAAAAGUUUUUCAUCUGUAACGUCAAAUAAAUUUACAAUUAACGUACCAUUUUUUAGUCUUUUCCAAUAACGUUGAAUAUUAUAUUACAGCAGUAGAUAUGUUUCAAUGCAAAUAAAAAGUUAGACACAAAUGGAAAGAGACGGCUGUGUUUUUAUGCUAAAUUAAACUUAAAUCUGUGUAAUAAAUUUUAGUAACAGCCCAACGUAAAUCUGCACUGAUAUGAUAUAGUAAUUUGUUAAGAUCCAAUUCUUUUAAUUAGCUAACAAGCAAUAUUUCAAAUCAAUAUGAAUAUGCUUAAUUUUCGAAACAAAAAAAUUUAACAUGAAUUUAUAAGCUAUAAAAUUAGUCAUAAAGAAUUUUUAAUGCGAUUUUGUUAUUAUUAGUUAAAUAUUAAAUUUAAUAAUAGCUCAAACUAAUUAAACCAGUGAAAAAAAACUAGUUGAUAAUGUAUAAAAAAUCGUCAUGAUGGAUUACACUCAGAGAGAUAAUACUUUCAAUGCCACAACUUUCUUAAUUGUUUUCACUCAUGAAACUAAUAAUUAAAAUAUUAAUGAUUAAUGUGCCAAGUCAAAGAACGGCCUCAGUUUUACAAUAAUGAUUUAAAGUGUAUGGACAGAAACAUAGUCAAUGAUUUGAAUCGCUUGACAAUGCAUCAAUUAUUCAAAUACCAUUUUAUAUUUGUUUAGUCAUACUUCUUUAAUUUUAAUAUAUUUAUUUUAGAAAUAUAUUAUUUAACUCUAAGAUUGCAAAAUCAACGUCAUUAGUUUAUGAAUUACUCAUAUGAUUAUUUCAAUUUGAAAGUUUAAUAUUUGCGAUUUACACUUAAAAUACAUUUUAUUCAAAUAAUUUGUAUUGUGUGUCAAAUAUGAGUAUGCCAGAUAAAACUUUGUAUUAAGCAAUGUACUUCAAUCUAAAUAUUUUGUUUCUUAAUUUUAAUAUAAAUGUUUAAUUAUAUUGAAUUAUUAAUUAUAAAAUAUAUAUAUUAUAAAAGCGAUGAAUACUAAGUCUGAGAAUUUCACAAAAGCUUUAUGCUUCAUUGAAGAAUAAGAACAAAAGCAGCAACACAUUUUUACAGAAAUUUUUCUGAUUUAUACACCACUGAAUAAUAACAAAAUUUAUGACACUAUUAGAUAAAUAUUAGUUUUAAAAAUUAAAUAAAUAAAAUUUGAGAAGAUUUUAUGAUUUGGCGUAAAGUCAUAAUCAAGAAUACUCAUGAAGAACAUAGUUAAUAUGAUGUAUAUAAAAAUUUUUGGAGAUAAAUUGUAUCAAAACUUUUGUGGUGAUCUUAUCAGUAAUGACUAUGUAUCUUAAAGUAUUAUAUAUGUGUAUAUGUUAUGAAUUCUAUUUCGAUGUUAUUUUGAAAAGUCUAUAUAACUUAAUGUUUAGUUAAUAUUAUUGUACUGAGCUUUCAGCUUCUCUCCAUUGCUUUUUUGUGAUAAAAUUAAAAAUGAGUAUAUAUAUAUAUUACAUUAGUACACUAUUAAUUAUAAAGUUAAUAUUCAAGUGAACUUAAUCAUUCAUUAAGCAUAUGCUUAAUAUUAUUUCACAAUUCCCAUAAUAUUUGCUAUAAAAUUUGAAAAAUCUAAUUUAAUGUAAAACAAAAUAUUAUAUUAUCAAAACAUGUAUGUAUUUGUACUUUAUCUUAUAAACCAUAUU